CGAUCCGUUUUACCGGCUUCGUUUACUUCUGAUUGAGUCGGAGUGGAAUCACAUAGAACGGUAAAUGCUCAAUCGGAUUGUGCUGAUGAAACCGGUUAAAAGCGGCCUAGAAGAACCAAAUCGGAUCCCUUCUGUCCUGUAAAUAGCUCGCGACGAGGGUUGGGUAAUAACCCAUCGGCGAACUUGCGCGCUUGCCUCGAAUUCGAAAUCCCCGCCGUUGGUCUCGUUUCGUUUAUAGGGCGAGAGCGGAGCGACGCUCUGGGAAGCGCCAUUUCCAAAUGUCGCGGCGCAGCGGCGGAGGCCGCAUGAUCCGGGUGCUGAACGUGGCGGAGAAGCCGUCGGUGGCGAAGGCGGUGGCGGAGAUCUUGUCGCGCGGCAGCGGAGGGAUGCGGUCGAGGCUGGGGCGGUCGCGGUACAACCGGGUGUUCGAGUUCGAGUACACCAUUGGCAGUCAGGCGUGCCACAUGCUUGUCACCUCCGUCAUCGGCCACCUCAUGGAACUCGAGUUCGAUGACCGCUUCCGCAAGUGGCACUCCUGCGAUCCCGCCGACCUCUACCACGCUCCCGUGCGCAAGCACGUCCCUCAGGAUAAGUUGGACAUCAAAAUUACUUUGGAGGAGGAAGCAAGGAGAUGCCAGUGGCUUGUUCUGUGGCUGGACUGUGAUAGAGAGGGUGAAAAUAUUGCCUUUGAAGUCAUAGAAGUUUGCACAUCUGUCAAUGAUCAUCUCAACAUAUGGAGGGCUCAUUUCUCUGCAUUAAUCGAUCGGGAAAUACACCAUUCUGUGCAGAAUCUUGCACGACCCAACAAAUUAUUCUCAGAUGCAGUAGAUGCCAGGCAGGAAAUUGAUCUCCGAAUAGGUGCCUCCUUUACUAGGUUCCAAACUAUGCUACUAAAAGACUUAUUUGUUCUCGAUUUUUCCAGUGAUAAUAGGAGUCUUGUACUAAGCUAUGGUCCAUGUCAGUUCCCUACUCUUGGUUUCAUUGUGGAAAGAUAUUGGGAAAUACAAUCCCAUGAAGCUGAAGAAUUUUGGACGAUUAACUGUUCGCAUACUUCAGAAGAGGGAACUGCUAAUUUUAUUUGGAUGCGUGGGCAUUUAUUUGACUACACAAGUGCUGUUGUAAUUUAUGAGAUGUGCGUUGAAGAACCAGCUGCAACUGUUAAAAAUGUUAAACACCAGGAGAAGUUGAAGUAUCCUCCAUAUCCUUUGAGUACAGUUGAACUUCAGAAACGUGCCUCCAGAUUUUUCAGGAUGAGUUCUGAGCACACAAUGAAGAUAGCAGAAGAACUUUAUCAGGCUGGAUUCAUUAGCUACCCUCGUACUGAGACUGAUGGCUUCUCAGUGAACACAGACUUACAUGCCAUUGUGCGGGAGCAAGUAACACAUCCAAUUUGGGGUUCAUAUGCGCAACAACUUUUGGAUGUAGAAGCAAGGCUUUGGAGAAACCCUAGCAAUGGUGGGCAUGAUGACAAGGCCCACCCUCCUAUUCAUCCAACAAAAUUCUCUGCUGGUGAAACAGGGUGGAGCCAAGACCACAAUAGAUUGUAUGAGCUUGUUGUACGUCAUUUUCUUGCAUGCGUCUCACAACCUGCAGUUGGAGCUGAAACUACAGUUGAAAUUGACAUUGCUGGUGAACAGUUUUCUGCAUCAGGACGUGUGAUAAUAGCUAAAAAUUACUUGGAUGUUUAUCGGUUUGAAUCAUGGGGAGGUAAUAUAGUUCCUACAUACACAAUCGGGCAACAGUUUAUUCCAACCAGUUUGACCCUUGAUUCAGGGGUGACCAGACCACCUCCUCUUCUAAGUGAAGCUGAUCUACUUAGUUGUAUGGACAAGGCAGGAAUUGGCACUGAUGCAACAAUGCACGAUCACAUUAAAAAGUUACUUGAUCGGUGCUAUGCAACAAAAGAUUCAAAUACUCGUUUCUCACCGACAAACCUAGGUGAAGCAUUAGUGAUGGGCUAUGAUGAGAUGGGCACCUAUAUGUUCAAAGUCUACAUAGUUGCAAAGUUUAUGGUGUUGAAGCUUCUUGUUGCCUUCUUUAAUAUUGGUUACCUUAGUUUAAAAAGGUAUGAACUUUGGAAACCCUAUCUCAGAGCGAUGAUGGAGUGUGAUAUGAAAGCAGUAAGCAUAGGUACAAAGAGGAAAUCUGAGGUUUUAGAGAGCUGCUUACAACAGAUGAAAGCUUGUUUUCUAGAUGCAAGGCGAAAUAAAGUGAAACUCCUGGAAGCAAUGGGUUUAUUCUUUGAGAGAUCUGCUGGGGAUGCACAUAAUGUUGGAGAGACUGUAAGGCCAUGUAGUUUAUGCAGUGAAGCUGACAUGGUGCUGAAGCGAAGACUGAAUGGUGAUUAUAUGGUGGGAUGUUUGCGCUUUCCUAAUUGUAGGAAUGUAGUAUGGCUUCCAGGAUCAAUAUCAGAAGCAGCUGUGACCAAUCAUGUUUGCUCCAGUUGUGCUCCAGGUCCUGUUUACAAGGUUCAGUUUAAGUUUCGAAGACUGGAGAUUCCUCCAAAUUAUGAUGUUGAUCAUUUGGGUUGUAUUGGUGGCUGUGAUGUGAUACUGAGAGAACUAAUUGAGAUUUGUGGAACAGGAUCUCAUAAUCAUACUGGCAUGUCAGCAAGAGGUCAGCGAGGCACAGAGCCUAUGAGCAGUGCAAGUAGAGGUAAUUCAAGGCAGGAGCCCUGUCUGCACUGUGGGCAAACAGGGCAUUCUUCAAAUCAUUGCCCCUCCCAGGAUUCCUCCUGCCCACGUGCUGCUCAACCUGCCCGAGUCCGGAAUGCUAGAAUUAUUUCAGGUGAAGUCCAGUGUAACUCAUGUGGAGCAACUUGUGCAUUGCGAACUGCUAAUACAGAAAGUAAUAGAGGAAGGAAGUUCUACACCUGCCAAUCACAAGAAUGCGGCUUUUUCGUAUGGGCAGACAGUUUGGAAGAUGGUGGAACACGAGGACAUGGUGGAUCCCGUGGGGGCAACGGCAGGUCAUCUUCCACGGCGAGGAGAGGUGGUCGCGCCCGGGGGCGGCGAGAUGCACCUACUAAUGGUGUUACAUUCGUAUCGGCAACCGGCGAGCCAGUAUCUGGAAGCUGCUUCGUGUGUGGUGAUCCCUCACAUUUCGCAAACGCCUGCCCAAAUCGUGGCAGGUGACAUGAGUGUCAUAUUCAUGCAGAAUUCUGGCUUUUGCUGCGUUAUUCGAGUUCACGAACGUCAUCUGGUCUUUGCAUCAACAGAUUGUCAUUAUUCCACCUUUUGUUUUAGUUGAAGGUUUAUGAGAAGUAAAAGCCGAUGCUCCUUGUGAAAUAUAUUUUUUAAUUUGAGAGGAAAA